AUGGACUCAAUCGUCGCUCAGGUUCACUCCCUGGCCAAGAACGCCGACGAGGCAGCGCGCAGGUCGAUCCAGACAGCCCUGGAAGACCUUCUGUUUGAGAUCCAAGAUCCGAAGUAUAUCGUUUAUCAGCUACUUAACUCGCCCGUCAAGCUGACCGUUGUCCGCGUGAGCAUCGAUAUAAACCUCUUCAAAACACUCGCCAACAGCGAAUCUCCUCGCACCGUCAGCAGCCUUGCAGAACAGCUCAAGGUGGAUGAGGACCUACUUGGCCGUAUCCUUCGCUACCUCGCCUCCAACAACCUGAUCAAACAGACCGGAGUUGAGGAGUUCGCAGCCAAUCAAGUAACCCAGAUCUUUACAGGAAAAGGAGCUGAGGCGGUCACUAGCCAAGCGUUCAACGUCGUAGGCCCCGUCCUCCAAGUGGUCCCUCCCUUCCUGGCCGAAACAAACUAUCAAAGCAUUUCCGUCAAAACCAAAACCCCGCUGCAGAAGGCCUUCAAUACCGAGCUGUCGGCUUUUGAAUGGCUGGCCCAAAACCCGGAACAUAUGCAGAAUGCGCAGCUAGCGAUGGUAUCAAAUCAAGCGAGCAACUGGGCUCGGAACUUCAAGCUCCUAGACGAUGCAGUUCACGAAUUUAUGGAGUGCUCACAGCCCUCGUCGGACAGGCCGUUCCUCGUGGAUGUUGGAGGCGGCUACGGCCAUCAGACUGGACAUCUGAAGGACAAACACCCCUGUUUGAGCGGCCAUCUUGUCCUUCAGGAUAUGCCUCAGGUCGUUGCGCAGGUUUCAGGACUCGAGGGGGUCAAAGUCAUGGCUCAAGACUUCUUCACCCCCCAAGCGGUUCAAGGCGCUCCGUUUUACUACUUUCGUCGAAUCCUGCACGAUUACCCCGACGACCAAUGCGUCAAGAUCCUGCAGAACAUUAUCCCCGUAAUGGCGAGCGACUCCCGGAUCCUGAUCGAUGAGACUGUGCUGCCAGACACCAACGUCUCUUGGCAAGCGGUCAUGGCCGAUCUGUACAUGAUGUUCAUGAUGGCUGGAAAGGAGCGCUCGGAGAAGCAGUGGAGAGCUCUUGCGGAUAGUGCCGGACUCCGGGUGGUGUAUAUACAUGUUCACGAUCUUUCGUCCCAUUCUGCGGUGCUUGUGCUUGAGAGAAAGUGA